GCAAAAAAAAGGGAAUGGUGUGCGCGCUGAAGAAAAAGUUGCUCUCGAGCUUAAUUUUUCUCCUCUCGGGGGCUUUUUUUCUUCGCGCGCUGUGUGAAUUACCUGCAGCAGCAAUUUCUGCUCGACUGAGUUUUUUGCGCUCGAGUUUUGAAAGGGGUGUUUUUGGCAGUUUGGGGGGGGAGUCAGGGUCGCCUCCCUCAGCGAACGCUAUUGGCCGAUAUCUCCACAGUUUGUGACGGACCGCCUACUACCAGCAGUCUCCUUCAGAGAGCAACGAUGGAGGGCGAGGAGGAGCGACAGCAGGACACUCUGAGAAGACACCUGCUCUCAAGGCUUCUCUCCAAAUUAGAACUUGGGCUCACAAGAGAACCUGUCGAUUUAGAUUACAUGGAAUUUACAUGUAGGUAGGAGUUGUAUUUGUGUAAUGCACUGUCCAGACACAUUGAUAUGCCCACAGAGAUUUUGCAUGCUCUACAGGACCUUUUUAGGCUUGUGACCGAACACAUUGAAUGCAUCAGUGGCAGAAAUAUAUAUGUUGAGACACUACCUGGGCAGAUGGGGCGUCCCAAGUUAGACAUUGAGAGAGAGACCUUGGAAGAGUUCCUAGAAACUGACUUGCCUGUGCCCUGCAUUGCAAAGAUGAUGGGAGUCUCAAUACGUACAGUGUUUAGACGCAUGCAGCAGUUUGGCCUGUCGGCUAGACGGUACAGCAGUAUGAGUGAUGAGGAACUGGACAGGGUGGUACAGGAUGUAAAAAAUGAAAUGCCGAUGGCUGGCUACCGGAUGGUUAAGGGGAGGCUGCGAUCACUGGGAGUCCAUGUUCAGUGGAGGAGAGUGGCUGCAUCAUUGCACCGUGUGGAUUCUCUGGGAAUCAUCUCAAGACUUGCUGGAUUAGGCUGUGUUGUACGCAGGACUUAUUCUGUGAGAGGUCCUCUUUCACUUUGGCAUGUGGACACAAACCACAAACUAAUCAGGUACAACAUUGUACUGUUUGGCGCAGUGGAUGGGUAUUCCAGAAAAGUGAUGUGUCUGCGUGUUGCUACCAACAAUCUGGCAUCAACUGCGUUGGCAGCCUUCAAAGAGGCAACAGAAAAGCAUGGCAUACCAUCAAGGGUCAGAGCUGACCAAGGUGUUGAAAACGUUGAAAUCGCAAGAUUUAUGUUUAACGUUCGUGGAACCGACAGGGGAAGCUUUAUGUCUGGCAAAAGCGUUCAUAAUCAAAGAAUUGAACGCUUGUGGCGUGAUGUAGGGCUGGACCCGAAUAUUCGGGUAUUCGGAUAUUCGUUCGUUGAGUAGGUAUUCGGUUUUUAAUUUUGGUAUUCGGAUAUUCGUUUUUUUUCUCCUUUCCAGAGUUCCACCUCAGUCUAACCACUUCUGUUCUUGCGGGUCCCGUCAGAAUCUUGCGCGCGGGACAGAACUGAACUGUUAUUGGCUGGAGCGGGAGUUUAAUCCAGACGAUGCGGGAGAAAAUGAAUAAAUAGUUAAGAAAACUGUAAUAAUUGUAAAAAAAAAAACCUAAAGAAAACUCUCAACGCGCAGGAUGGACCGACACACACACGCACACACCGAUGGUGUUUGGACUGGGGUAAGGAACGGGACCGCACUAUUCACCGCUGCUGUUUUAAUAAAUAUAUAAGUAAAUUUGAAGCAUUAAAUGUAGUUUAUUUAAUUUAUAUUAGGAACGUGGGGCGGGAGCGGCAGAAAUGUGUAUGUGGCGGGCGGGCGCGGGAUUAAAAGAAGCAAUUUUUUUGCGGAGCGGUAACGAGACAGA